GAUUCCGAACGGCGGAGCGGGAGGUGCUCACCGGGCAGCAUGCCCAGGGUAACGCUGAACGGCAUCACGGUGGACUUCCCCUUCCAGCCCUAUGCCUGCCAGGAGGCGUACAUGGCCAAGGUGCUGGAGUGCCUGCAGAAGAAGGUAAAUGGCAUUUUGGAGAGCCCCACAGGCACAGGGAAAACCCUCUGCCUGCUGUGUUCCACUCUGGCGUGGCGGGAACACUUUAAGGAUGCCAUCUCAGCCCGCAAGAUUGCGCAGCGACUGACUGGGGUGGAACUCUUCCCAGAGAGAUCCCUGGCAUCCUGGGGCAACGCUGACACCGAUGGUGAUAUUCCAAUUUAUUACACUGACAUCCCUAAAAUAAUUUAUGCCUCCAGAACUCACUCACAACUUACACAGGUCAUUAAUGAGUUAAAGAACACAGUCUACAGGCCCAGGAUCUGUGUUUUGGGUUCCAGAGAUCAGCUUUGCAUUCAUCCUGAAGUGAAGCGACAAGAGAGCAACCACAUGCAGAUCUACAUGUGCCGGAAAAAAGUGAUGGCUCGUGCUUGUCAUUUCUAUAACAAUGUGGAAGAAAAGAGUUCAGAGAAAGAGCUGAUGAACUCAAUCAUGGAUAUCGAAGACUUGGUUAAAAGUGGAAACAAGCACAGAGCUUGUCCUUAUUAUCUGUCUCGAAGCCUGAAGCAGCAAGCAGAUAUUAUUUUUAUGCCUUACAACUAUUUGCUAGACUCAAAGAGCCGCAGAGCGCACAACUUGGACCUGAAGGGGACAGUGGUAAUACUUGACGAAGCUCACAAUGUGGAGAAGUUGUGUGAGGAGGCAUCUUCUUUUGACUUGACACCCUAUGAUUUGGCUUCGGCAAUAGAUGCUGUGAAUGUCGUACUGGAAGAACAAGCCAAAGUGGUUCAUCAGAAUGAAAUAAAUGCUGAGUUCAAUAUGGAGUUGGCCUGUUCAGGACUGAACAUGGAACUUGAAGAUAUAGCAAAGAUAAAGAAAAUUCUCCUUCAGCUCGAAAGUGCCAUUGAUGCAGUGGAGCUGCCACCGAAUGAUAGUGGAGUCACUAAAGAGGGAAGCUACAUCUUUGAUCUGUUUGCAGAGGCCCAAAUAACAUUCCAGACCAAAUCCUCACUCCUUGAUUCACUGGAGCAGAUUUUACAGUAUCUUUCAGGCCGUCCUGGGAUAUUUGUCAAUACAUCUGGGUUGCAUAAGCUCUCGGAUAUUAUCCAGACUGUAUUCAACAUCGAUCCUCCAGAAGGUGCAACAGAUUUCAGGCCACAUCAGUCGAUAUCUAAAUAUUAUAAGGUACAUAUUCAUCUGGAUGACAGCAAUCAGAAGAAGAAACAAAGGACAGAUCUCUGGAAUUCAUCAUCUACAAAAAAAGAAAAGACCUUAAGCUACUGGUGUUUCAGCCCUGGCUACAGCAUGCAUGAGCUUGUUCGACAAGGAGUCAGGACAAUUAUCCUUACUAGUGGGACACUCUCCCCCCUCUCAUCAUUUACAAUGGAAAUGCAGAUCCCUUUUCCUGUUCGCUUGGAGAAUCCUCAUGUUAUCGAUAAACACCAGCUCUGGGUUGGGAUCAUUUCUAAGGGACCUGAUGGAACUGUGCUGACUUCUACCUAUGAAAGAAGGUUUUCAGAGGAUUAUUUAUCUUCUCUGGGGAAAACAGUUGGUAACCUUGUGCGAGUUGUACCAGAUGGACUGUUGGUGUUCUUCCCAUCGUAUCCUGUCAUGGAUAAGAGCCUGGAAUAUUGGAGAGAGCAUGAUUUUGCUAACAGAAUAGAAGAAGUGAAGCCAAUGUUUGUGGAGCCCAGGAACAAAGGGAGCUUUUCAGAGGUAAUAGAUGCCUACUAUAAUAAAGUUGUCUGUCCGAAGUCCAGUGGGGCUGCUUUUUUGGCAGUAUGUCGGGGGAAGGCCAGCGAGGGCUUGGAUUUUGCAGACAGAAAUGGCCGAGGAGUCAUCAUUACCGGGCUCCCAUUUCCUCCUCGUAUGGAGCCCAGGGUCGUUUUGAAGAUGCAGUUCCUGGAUGAGAUGAGAAGAAGUGGGGCAGGUUCACAGUAUCUAUCUGGGCGGGAGUGGUACAAUCAGCAAGCUUCCCGGGCUGUUAACCAGGCUAUUGGCAGGGUCAUCAGACAUCGCCAGGACUACGGUGCUAUCUUCCUUUGUGACCAAAGGUUCUCAACUGGUAAUGUGAGAGGCAAGCUGCCUUCGUGGGUCCGCCCCUAUGUGAAUGUCUAUGAUAACUUUGGGCAUGCAGUCAGAAGUGUCUCCAUCUUCUACCGUGUUGCUCAAGAAGUUAUGCCCCCACCCCUGCCACAAGGCCCUUCUGGCUCUGAUGGUUCCCAAAGUGAAAGCGAUGCGGCACCAUCUACUUCAUCUGACCAGAUCCUCUGCCUGAAAAAAGCCAAAAACUUGGACGACCAUGUUCCCAGUUUGAAGAGGAAAAGAAAAGUAAGUGGAGAUGGAGCAUCCAGCCUGUGCAUGGAAUAUGAACAAGAGCUCGUCUCACCCAGAAGACCACGUAUCGGGCUCUUGGAUGCGUUGGAGCGCAGCGAGAAGAGCAGUGAAGGUACCGAGGAGGAGAGUGACUUGUCAGGAGAGGAAAAGGCACAGCGUCUGUCAACACUUUCCCUUCAGUAUGAGAAGAGGUUGGCAGAUGAGCAGAAAGGAGGAAGGAAGAAGAUAAAGCUAGUCAGCAAUACACAAGCUGGAAAGAAACCCAACCCGACAGAUCCAAAGAGGGCCCGAGCAGCAUCAUACAUGACAACAGUGAAGAAGACCCUAAGCCAAGAGAACUAUAAGCUCUUCUCUAAAGCCCUUCAGGACUACAAGAUGACAAAUGACUUCCCUGCUAUGUUAUCUCACAUGAGUGCUCUCUUUAUAGAGGAUGAAGAAAAGCAUGUCUUGUUACGAGAAUUUUACCAAUUUAUUCGACCUCAACAUAAGAAACAGUUUGAUGAAGCAUGUUACAAUCUGACUGGAGAGGGCUGUGGCUACAAACCUGAGCACAGCCUCCCGUGGGAAGAGCAAGAGAUCCUGGCCAAGAAAAUAGCAGAAGAACAACAGAGUCAGCAGAAAACUGCCUUCUCAAAGGACUCGUGUGCUGAGCUAAACACUGAGCUCCACCUGAACCAGGGAGGCUUCCACUUGACAACAGGACUGGAUAGUGCAGGGCAUGAUGCUGGUCAAGCUCCAAGGGAAGACACUGCAGAAGCUUCGAGCUCUAUGAGAGAUCACUACAAGGUCCUCAAGACCACCUACCUCAACGAAAUGAGAACAGCUCUGGGGGAAAACAUUUACAGCUAUUUCCAUGAUGCUCUGCUAGUUUACAAGAAGACAGAUAGAUAUGAUGUUAUGAUAGUGGUGUUAGCAACCCUCGCUGUUGAGAGGCCAGAACACGUUGAUCUCCUGCAAAGAUUUCACAUGUUUGCACGUCCUCAUCACAAAGAGAUUUUCGAAGAGCUGUGUGAGAAUUUGCCUCGAAUGGCCCGUUGUAAGAGAGAAAACCAAGAGCAGCAGCAGGCGUGGGGUGGAGUGAGUCUGGAGGGCUGGUGCACUGGAGAAGGAAGCAGCCACAUGCAAGAUGCAGGCACUUCUGAGGCGCCGGAGAAAAUUCAGAGGAAGAUUUCCUCCUACUUUAACCAGAAAAGCCAACUUGAACUGUCAAAGACCAAAGUAUCAGAAGAAACCGUUAACGUGAGAGCACCCACAGACUCUGGAGUCAUGCCUAUCUUUCCCCAAGACAUGGAGCCAGAAAAUGGGAGAUACUUCUGCUCCAACUGCAAAUCUGAGGAUGAUGUGCCUUUUAAAUGUCCAUUAUGUGACUUCACUUGCUGCAAAACAUGCUGGGAGCAGUUCUUAAAGAUGGCAAAGAAGUGCCCAGGGUGCCACAGUGAUGUGAAGAGGCAGCGAUUGCUCCAAGCUUUCUUCUGGUUAUAACCACCUUGACAGAAAGAGCAAGUACUUGGUAUCAGCAAAGAGAAAUCACUGCGCUCAGGCUCUCCAGCUGCACAGAAGCCAGAGGAAGGUUCAUUUAAAUCUCUCUGGUCCUUGGCUCUGCAUUACAUGCUGUGCACCAACAUGUACCCUUUCUUCCCGCAAAGGUGAUGAAGUCUGAAAGGUCCCUCUCCACAACCACUGGCAGGAGACAAAGCAGAACAUUGUCCUCUGUGGAGCAAAGAAGGUUAAUUUCUUACUUAUUUCAGCUUGUAAAUGCUACUGUGGCCGUGCUUAAGCUGAAGUUUUAUGCCCUGGAGGUGGCUGUUAUUCGUGGGCCCUGCAGGUAAUCCCAGAUCCUGGAAAAACCCUGAACCAUUCCACUGUGGUGGAAUGGAGCUGGCACACGAGGAGGCCAGACUACCCAUUUACCACACUGGCGUUCCUGGAAGAAGUGAUUCGCGUUCACCAUUUGGGGUUUGGCAGUAGCUGUUGUCUCACUUAGCAGAAGAUACUGAAGGGGUGAUUGUUUUACACACAAUCCAGUGUUGGAUAAUGAACAGAAACACUCCCCUGCAUGUGCUGUGCCCCCGCAAAGCCCAAACUCCUUCCACCAUGCUGGGAGUUCUGCAACGUGCUUCUGAAGAGGCUUUAUUUCCUGCUCAGAGCUGAUAUUUCCAUUGUGCUGUGUUAUCUGAUGCUUAAUUCCCAAGAAAAAAAAGGAACAAAUUGAUUUCAAACGUUCAAGUAAAUCAAGUUAGAUGGGUUCAAAAAGAUCCUUAAAGAGUUCCUCUCUCUAUGAGUAGUGGGUACAAGGAGUUAACCUGAAAAAUUGUAUCACUUUUAAAUCUUCAGUAGCUGCUGUAAAUUAAACUCUAAAUAUACCAUUUUUGUUUUAAUUGGGUUUUGUUUGAUUUAAA